GCGGACGACUUGGGUCGACAUCACACUCCACCAUGAAGCUCCUGAUCCUGUUCUCCGUGCUGGUGGCUGCCGCCCACGCUGGUUCUUUAGGCUACAGCCUGCCUACCCCCGCUGGUGGUGGUGGUGGGUCAUUUGGCGGUGGGUUCGCUGGCGGAGUUGGUGGCGGGUUCGCUGGCGGAGUUGGUGGCGGGUUCGCUGGCGGAGUUGGCGGUGGGUUCGUCGGUGGCGGUGGCUACGGUGGCGGCGGCUGCAGUGGAGGACAAAUCCUCCAUGUUGACGGAAGCUGUGUAACUCCUCUGGUCACUCGCAAUCUGUUUGUGUACAAAGCUCCACCUGUGGCUCCACUCGUAGGGCCAAAACCUUACAUUCCUCCACCAAAGGUUGAACACAAUAUUAUAUUCAUCCGCACCCCAGAAAGCGGCCUGGGUGUGGAACCAAUUAUCGUGCCACCACCACAACAGAAGAAUGUUGUAUACGUCCUCAACAAACGGCCUGAAAUAGACCAGAAGAUCGUCCACGUUCCAGCUCCUGAGCAACAAACUCCUCAAGUAUACUUCGUCAACUAUGCCGAAGGCGACAACCCAACUUUGCCCACAGGAGAGGACCUCCAGUCUGCCCUGAGUUCUGCCGCUCAUGGUGGUGGCCAGGUCGUUGGCGGUGGUUUUGGUGGUGGUUUGGGUGGUGGUUUUGGUGGCGGUCUUGGAGGUGGUCUAGGCGGCGGUCUUGGAGGUGGUCUAGGCGGCGGUUUUGGUGGGGCGUUGGGUGGUGGUUUGGGUGGAGGUUUAAGCGGUGGUUUUGGUGGUGGUCUUGGUAGCGGAGGCAUCAAGGUUGGAGGAGGAGGCGGUGUGUCAGUGAGCACUCCAUCAAGCCUAUAUGGAGCACCCUAGACACACACUAACCAUCCCACCAGUUGUGUUUUAAUAAUUCCUGAAACAUAUUUGUUAAAAGAAGUUUGAAUAGUAGUGGUUAUGUUUUAAGUAUGAAAUCUGUUGUUCUUUGUAUGACUUGUUCAUAAAAUAUUUAUUUAUAUUA